UGGAGCGCGCCACGCAGGCGUGCGCCUGUCAACUGACAAGAAAAGGGAGGGGCGUCCGCAUCGAGGUGGAUGGGCAUUCCGCAGAUCUCGUGUCAAGUUCACCGGCGUUAGCAGCACGCCAAGCAUGUCCCUGCAAGGUCGGCUCGCCCUUGUGACUGGAGGCGCCAGCGGCAUAGGCAAGGCGGCUUGCCACGCCCUGGCCUCCCAAGGAGCCAGAGUCAUCGUCGCCGAUCGCAAAGUGGAUGGUGCUAAGAUCGUGGCAGAGGAGCUACCAGGCCCCGCAACUCACAAGGAAGCUUUCCUGGACGUCGCCAACACGGAAUCUGUGGAGAAGCUGUUCGCCGAUAUCAAGGACACCGAGUCGCUUCCAGUCAGCAUUGUGGUGAAUUGCGCUGGCGUAGCUGAUCUCUCACCCAUCGUCGACACGACUGAUGAAGCCUUCGACAAAAUAAUUCGGGUCAAUCUCAAGGGCACUUUCCUCGUGACAAGGGCAGCCGCGCGCGCCAUGACCGCCUCCGGCGUCACUGAUGGGGCCAUCGUGAACAUCGCCAGCAUCCUGGGCAAGACCGGGCUGUCUGGCAUGGGGGCGUACACCGCUUCGAAGGGCGGCGUCGUGGCUCUGACCAAGACGGCAGCUCAGGAACUGGCGCCGCACGGCAUCCGCUGCAACGCCGUGCUGCCGUCGCUGACGCAGACUCCGAUGGCCGACACGCUGCCCGAGGAGAGCCGCAGGACCUUCUAUGCACUCACACCUAUGCGACGAAUCGGCCAACCUAAAGAAGUGGCCGAGGCCAUCCUUUUCCUAUGUAGCCCGCAGAGUUCGUACAUGACAGGCGCUGCCCUUGAAGUAACCGGAGGAUUCGGCAUGUGAAAGGCUCGGCGAACGUUAUUCUUCGUUCCGCUCCCAACUUGUCCUGUGUCGCCAAGAAUAUAUUAAAUGCUGCAUCAUUGUAGUGAUACUCAA